AUGCAGAGCCAGGUCAUCGUGCUCGGCGGCGGCGUCGCGGGCAUCUCGCUCGUGCGCACUCUCAUCAAUGAUCACAACGUCACCGAUAUUCUUCUCCUCGAAGCGCGUCCCGAGCUCGGCGGGCGGGCCUACACCGAGACGCUCGUGAACAACGCCACCGGGACCGUCACUACGGUCGAGAAGGGGUGCAACUGGAUCCAGGGUCCAGGCAAGGAGCCCAUCCUCGAGCUCGCAGACAAGUGGGGACUGCAGACGGCGCGCACCAAUUAUUCGGACUCGGCGUGGUGGUACGAUCAUUUCCUCGAUGAGCAAGAGCAGGCGGUAUUCACCGAGGGCUACGACGACUUUAUCGAGCACGCCCCAGGCUACUCUGACCUGUCUGUGCGCGUCGCAACCAGCAUUAUGGACUGGAUUCCCGUCACGCCCGUGCAGAAGGCGUAUGAAUACUGGAACAUUGACUUUACAUUUGCCCAGCCGCCCGAGGACUGCAGCUUUGCAAAUGCCUUUGGCCAAGAGGCUGGUAUCGAAAACGAGGUCGACGACUUUGUAAUCGAUCAGCGCGGCUUCAAAUACAUCUUUGUGCAGGAGGCAAAGGAGUUGUUUGGCCAAGAUCUCGAUGACCCCCGCCUGCACUUGGACACGACUGUGCGCCAGAUUGACUACUCGGGCGACCAGAUCGUUGUGCGCACGGACAAGGGGGACUUUAGCGCGCCGCACGUCGUGUCAACGUUUAGCGUGGGCGUUCUGCAGCACCAGGACGUGCAGUUCAAGCCACAGUUGCCCGACUGGAAGAAGGAGGCGAUUUUCACGUUUGCAAUGGCAACGUAUCAAAAGAUCUUCAUUCUGUUCGACCGCAAGUUUUGGAAUGACGAGCAGGCGGAAGCGAUGGGCGUGCUCAGGAAAAUGUAUGACGACGUGCCUGAGCCACUCGACAUUGUCGUGCCGAGGUGGCAUGCAGACCCGCUCUUCAGGGGUUCGUAUUCCAACUGGCCGCUCGGUGUUCUCGAAGAGCACCACGCCAAUCUCGGCCAACCGGUAAAGAAGGGUGACGCUUGGAUCCACUUUGCCGGCGAAGCCACGACCUAUGAGAUGUUUGGCUACGUGAACGGUGCAUGGGACUCUGGGAUCAGCACGGCGAAUGCGAUCGGGCAGUGCAUCAACAAGGGCGACUGCCCUGAUGCCAAGAUUUACGAUGCACUCAAGACGUGCCCGCAGGAGAGCAGUAUGCGCCGCCGUGACGGAGCUCCUCGCGCGCCCCGUCGUCACCACCGCGGGCCCAGAGGCGGCAAAUAG